AUGCCGCAGAAGCGCUCACAUGAAGACAGAGAUCCUUCUCGGUUUCUCAGCGCCAUAGCAGGGGAGAAGGCGGCAAGGGUGAGCUUGUUUGUGAAGCCUGGAGCGAAGAAGACGCAGGUGAUGAACUCAGAGGAGCUCAAGGAGGGAGGAGCUCGAAGCAUCGACGUGCAGAUCGCUGCUCCUCCGAGAGAUGGAGAGGUUGGGCUUGUGUUCUCGAGCGGCUUCUCACCAGCUGCGCAGGCCAAUGAGGCAGUGGUCGAGUUCGUGGCUGAGCUCUGCGGGUUGAAGCGCAAGGAUGUUCAGAUUAUCGCGGGGCACAAGUCUCGCGACAAAGUGUGCCGUGUGGAGUUUGGCGACGACACGCUCAACGAGGAAACUUUAAAGCGAAAGAUUCUUAUUAACAUGCUCGAGUUCUGCUGA